AUGGAAGCUUCAAAACCACACACACUUCUCUCUCAUCGAGGAGAAGGACAAAAAGUUGCGCGUCGCUGUUCUCAUCGUCGUCGUCGUCGUCGGAACAACAACAACGAGAACUUUAACCGGGGAUGUCGGUAUGACCAAGAGUCAACGUCAAAAAGAGCGGGAAAGGUACCGGCAACAUUGGAUGAUGUUUCCCCGUCGCCGUGUACUUUGUCUGUUGCGGAUGAAGAAGAAGAAGACAAAGAAGAAGAAGAAAGAAGAAGGCAAAGCGGUAGUAAUUAUUAUGAGAACAACAGUAGGGAUGAUGAUUGCACGAGAAAGACGAAAACGAGUUCUGUUGCCGUCGGAAAACGACAGACGAUGAUGAUGGUUUUCACCGCGACGCUUUUGAGUGGUUUUGCAACUGUGCAGAGUCCAGCGAAAGCGCUCGCGAGAGAGAAUACCGUCGUGGUAGAAGCUUUAACGAGCGCAACAUCGGGGACGAUAAAAGGGUCGGUGAUCUUACCGAGCGGGUACCACGUGACGAGAGGCGCACGAAGUCGAAUUCAGACGACGAGUUCAAGGCCGGACGUCGUGAAGAUUACGAACGGGGAAAAGGAUUUAGGGAACGCGUUACGGUUCGAGGUGGGAUACGCGAACGCGAAAGCGGAAGACGAGGUGACGGUGAACGCGCUGGUGUAUUUUUGCCAAGACGACGACGUGUGUUUGUCGCGCAACGUAUCGUUUCGGGCGAAGGUGGUGGACGGAGGAGGAGAUUCGUCUUCUUCUUCUUCUUCGGCGGUUGAUUUGACGUACUCGAUUCCAACGCCCGAACCGGAAAUCUCGUUCGCCGUGCCGCAGUUUGAAUAA